CCGUCACCGCAGUUUCCACUCUCCGCAAAUUUUCGGUUCAAAGUUUUUGAAACUGAUAUUUUUGUAAAAAAAAAUGAAUCAACGGCGAUUCGAACUAUUAUGCGCAGCAUUGCUCGGCUUCGGUCAGCUGUGCAUAAUGACUGGAUUCGAUUCAGAGUCGUUUAUUCUAGAGUCUGUAAUUCAUUCGAUUCAUGAGAGAGAACCCGCAAAAAUCAGCAUCUAUGCUGGGUAUUAUGGCCAAGCCGUGAUCUAUGCCUUCUACAUGAUAGCUUGUCUAUUCUCGCCCUCCAUAAUAGCAGUGAGCACCCCGAAAACCAAUUUGAUAAUUGCUUCCAUUUUCUUCACGGCAUUCCCUCUGGGCUUCCUGUUCACCAACUCUUAUUACUACUACGCUUCGUCAGCAUUGCUAGGUGUUGGGUUUGCCUUGUUUUAUCAAGGCCAGGGAGGAUAUCUGACGUCACACUCUACAAGAAGAACUAUAGAAUCUAACGUCUCACUUUCUUGGUCUGUUGGAUGUUGUUGUAUGAUUCUGGGAUCCGCCAUCAUGGCGACAAUUACUCGUCUGAGUUCAUCCUCUACCGAAAUUAUAGUUGAAUCCUUAAAUUCCACAGGUGAAGCUCACAAAAUGGAGAGGCAGUUUGGCGAGCUGGAAAUUAAUCUCCUGUUCUCCGCAUUCACUGGAAUUUCGGUUCUCGGUAUUAUAACAUUUUUUGUGAUGCCUUCCAAAGAUGUAGAAAACUGUAUCGAGAGCAGUUCGGAGAAAAAGGAAACAUUUAUGGAAGCGUUUAAACUCACUUGCUCGACAGUGGUGUCUCCGAAGAUGCUCCAACUCUUCCCACUCUUUGUGCUCAGCGGUUUGAACACCUCUUUUUGGCUCUCCGUUUUCCCAACUGCGAUGAGCUUCACAAUGCAGAACUCAAAUUUGAUAUAUCUUGCAGCAGUGUACAGUUUUGCUGUCGGUUCAGGGGAGGUUUUCAUGGGCAUAAUGAUUUCAUUCCUGAGUAAGCGUAUCAAAAAUUUUGGUCAAAAGCCAACAAUGACAAUUGGUGCCAUUUUCACCACGGCUUACUGUAUCUUGAUCCACCUAUCCACGGCGUACGAUGCUCCGAUCAAGCCAACUAGUGAAGAGCCACUGCUGUUCAGGCAUUCCUACCUUCUGGCUCUAAUCAUAGGCCUCAUCUGUGGAAUCGGAGAUUGCUGUAUCAACAGUGUCCGAUCUGUGAUAUGUGCGCUGGUGAUGCCGAAGAGACGAGCUCAAGCGUUUUCGGUGUCCAAGAUUUAUCAGGCAUUCGGCUCCUGCAUUUUAUUUUUCUUGAGCCCCAUCACACCACUAUACGUCUACACAAUCGGUCUCCCAAUUCUCGCAAUCAUCGCCACAAUUUUGUUCUUUUCAAUCGCUAAAAGAACUCAAAUUACGGAGCGAAAAAUGACGGAGGCUAGUAGAAAUGCUGCAGAAAUUGGAAAGAAACUCAAUUUAUAAAUUAUUCAAAAUUUAUUUUAAACAUUAUGGGUUGUGUUGUCCUUCAUUUUAUCUCUGACCGAAUAAAGAUUAAACAUUUUGCAA